CACACACACACUGCAGCAUUCAGCCGAAAAGCGAGGAUGUCUGGUGCAAAGAUACUGACACUCCUGCAGAGUCUGUCGCGUAGGAAACCUCUGGAGCCCGAAGGAGAGGUGUCAAACUUCCGCCGAUGCCUGACCACCCUUGACCUCGUGGCCCUGGGGGUCGGCAGCACACUGGGGGCCGGUGUGUACGUGCUGUCCGGCGAAGUAGCCAGAGCUGUGGCUGGACCGAGUAUCAUAGUUGCCUUCUUGAUAGCAGCAGUGGCCUCAAUCGUUGCAGGACUUUGCUAUGCUGAAUUUGGAGCUCGUGUUCCCAAGACUGGCUCUGCCUACCUGUACAGCUAUGUGACUGUGGGGGAGAUAUGGGCUUUUAUCACUGGCUGGAACUUGCUGCUGUCUUAUGUCAUAGGGACGUCAAGUGUUGCCAGAGCAUGGAGUGGGACCUUCGAUGACCUCAUUGGAAAUGUCAUUGCCAGCUCUCUGGGCAAACAGGCUGCGAUGGAUUUACCUGGAUUAGCUCCCUACCCAGACUUCUUUGCAGCCGGCCUCAUAAUGCUCUUGGCAGGGAUUCUUGCAUUCGGUGUUAAAGAGUCAGCUAUUGUAAAUAAGGUUUUUACAGCAGUAAACAUCCUGGUGUUGCUGUUUGUUAUCCUCUCUGGAUUCAUUAAGGGCGACAUCAACAACUGGUACAUUGGUGAAGAUUCACUGCUAGAUGGAAACUUCACAUUGCUGAAUGACACCACCAGAUAUGGCAGCGGAGGAUUUUUCCCUUUUGGUUUUGAAGGGACAUUAGCAGGAGCAGCCACAUGCUUUUAUGCAUUUGUUGGAUUUGACUGCAUCGCAACAACAGGAGAGGAGGUUCAGAACCCUCAGAAGUCGAUCCCAGUCGGCAUUGUGUCGUCCCUCCUGAUCUGCUUCCUGGCUUACUUCGGUGUGUCUGCAGCCCUGACUCUCAUGAUGCCGUACUAUUUGCUCAGUGCUCAUAGCCCACUGCCUGUGGCCUUCACAUACAUCGGUUGGGGCCCUGCAAAGUAUGUAGUAGCUGUGGGAUCCCUCUGUGCGCUGUCAACAAGCCUGUUAGGAUCAAUGUUCCCGAUGCCUCGUGUUCUCUUUGCCAUGGCCAGGGACGGACUUCUCUUCAGACCUCUCAGUAAAAUGAGUGACAGACAAAGUCCUGUUAUAGCGACCCUGGCUUCAGGGGUCGUAGCAGCUAUCAUGGCGCUGUUGUUUGACCUGAAGGCGCUGGUUGACAUGAUGUCAAUUGGAACCCUCUUUGCCUACACGCUUGUUGCCAUAUGUAUCCUCAUAUUAAGGUACCAGGCAGACCUCAAUGAGGAUUCAAGUUUCAGCAAACUGGAACCGUUUACAUUUGCUGGAGUGCUAUUUCCUCCUUCACAAGCAACUUCACGGACAUCAAAAAAUGCAUCUGUUUUAAUUGUUUUUAUUAUCUUUAUAGUUAUCAUCCUGAGCCUCAUUAUAUCUGGGACUAUAAAUGCCCUGCAGGCCCUUAAAUGGUGGAGUUUACUUUGUGUCUCUAUCAUCGUGCUCUUGCUGGGCCUCAUUACCCUGAUCAUCUGGAGACAACCACAGAAUACAACCAAAGCUGCUUUCAUGGUUCCCUUUGUGCCAUUGCUUCCUAUUUUCAGCACUUUUGUCAAUGUCUACCUCAUGGUUCAACUCGGGACAGACACAUGGAUCCGCUAUGCAGUGUGGAUGGCAGUAGGUUUAAUUAUCUACUUCUGUUACGGCGUUCAGCACAGUGUGCAGAAACAAAGGCUCCAAAAUUCAAACAACCACGUCAGCAUUCACAGCAUCACCACCACAAUGGAGCAGAACUUUGAACCUGACCAAGACUCUAGCGGCAGAGCAAUGUGAUGUGAUUGAUUCACUGAUAGGCAUUUAGCAUGGGUGAAUCAUCAUGCAAAGCUAAAUGCUUUAAUUUCAGUAUAAAUCUGGCCGGUGUGCAUAACUCAUGCAAGUCUCCUAAUAGUGUUAUUAUGAGUAUGUGAAUUUAAAAAAGCAUUUCAGUCACAACCUCUAACCUCCAUUUUUGUCUUGUUUUCUGUUAAAUUGAAUGUCUUUUUUAAUAAAUGAAAAAUUGCAGUGAACACAUGUAAAUCACACUGCAUGAAGCUUCAUGCAAUAUUGUGUUUUUAUUUUACUGUUUCAGUUAUUGAGGGUAAGAUUUUACAAAGAAAAUUUAAAAAAUGAUAAUACUCUCUGUGGCAGGGAUUUCUUUUGCUAAACUCAUCAACUGUUUUUCUAUGGUUUGUCCAAAGCACCCUACUCCUAAGAUGGCAACACUCAGGGAUGCCACGGCUUUUUGAUGUGCAUUGUUUUGUCUUGUUGUGCUUCUUAAGUCAGUGUUUUGCCACAGCACUUGGAGCUCUUUCACUCGAGAGUUACAGUAGGCUACUUUUUAAAAGUACCUUUGUCAUAUUUUUAUUGUAAUUUUUUCUAUUCCUUAUUUAAGUUCUUGAAUGUUGCAGUACUUUGCCUUAUUUGUAUUGCUCUAAAUAGGUUCACUGUAUGUUUAUGUAUGGACCAAAAACCAAAGUAAACUUGCCGAUAAAUCCUUUUCUGAUUCUGAUGUAGCCUAAUCCUCUGUCAUUACACCAAUGUUUGAUGUAGCCUGGUUGUAUCACUUUAUAUUAUCAUGUAAAAUGCACGUGGAAUAAACAUGACAUUUUAAUUUUG